AUGGAAGAUUGCUUACAACGCUUGAAAAAUGUACAAGUGUUAAACGAUUGGGAAGAUUCAAAAUUGGACGAGUUGUGUCGUCGUAUCAAGCCAGUUUCAUAUGGCAAAGGCACUCUUAUUGUUCGGAAGAAUGAACCGAUCAGUGAAGUUCUCUUUGUGUUGAAAGGAAAUCUAUGGACAGGCACCUCGACUGCCACUGAUCAUGGCAAUGGCGGCAAUGUUGAAACCUUUGGGAAAGAACUUGUCCUUUGGAUUCGGGAUCACCCUCAAUCAUUCAGCCUGCCAAUCUCAUCAUCAACUGUUAAAGCGGUUGAGAAUGUGGAAGCCUUCGCUCUUACAGCUGAGGACUUGAAAUACGUGUGGGUUAAUAUCCAAAACAACCAUUAG